AUGGUGAGUGGCCGGAGUGAGGCAAUUAUGGUGGUCACGGCCAUAUUCCUGGGGCUUUCUUUGAUCGCGGGCAGUUUGAGAUGUUUCGUUCGCUUUCGCUUGACUCAUGCCGCGGGCUGCGAUGACUACAUAAUGGUAGCUGCAAUGUUCUUCAAUAUCGGUUUCGGCACGUGUACUAUACUCGGCGCGACGUUUGGCAUGGGCAAGAAACUGGUUUACUUUGAGGAAUCGAUGGGGAACUUUCGCAAUGCCAUGCUGUGUUUCUGGCUUGGACAGCUCUUCUAUGUCGUUACUUCUGUCAUCGUACGAUUGUCAAUCACCAUCACCCUCGUGCGCCUCACGGUCGACAACCUCCACCGGAGCAUCCUGAGUGCCGCCACCGUGCUGUCCGUUGUCGCGGGGACCAUUUUCUUCUUCUUCACUAUCUUUGAGUGCACGCCUGUCACAUAUUACUGGAACCGAAUGACGGAAGAUGGCCACUGCAUGAACAUGGAUGGUCUCCUGGGAAUCGUCUACAUGUACAGUGCGGCUGCUGCGGUAUGCGACUUUACGAUUGGACUGCUACCCGCCUUCAUGAUUGGGAGGUUAAAGAUGGACCGACGUACGAAGACGGCCGUCAUUGGCAUUUUGUCUAUCGGAUGCGUUGCCAGCACCGCGGUCAUUGUUCGUAUCCCGUUUCUCCAUCUGUCAAAGAGUCCAGAAUUUCUAUACCAGACGACGCAGGUUUCAAUAUGGUCGAAUAUAGAGACAGGGCUGGGCAUCACAGCAGGGAGUUUAAUGACCGUGCGACCCUUUUUGCGGGCGAUUGGAUGGUUGCAUAUAGACUAA